AUCGUCACGUUGGAACAAGACCUGCCUGCCUGCUGAAGAAGAAGAUGGAUGCAACAGAACACAUCUUGCUUCAGCAGAGACGAUGGAGUCAAUCUAUCAAUCAUUUUGCCACAACUGUUGAGCACAUUGCUACAGUACAUCUCGAGCAUGGCUGGGGACGCCGUGUCCGAGAUGAUGAGGGCAUCUCCGCAGCCCCAAGACCAGGACCAAGACCAAUCAGCACAGAUGCCGUUUGAAAGGUGGUAUCGUUGAUCGCCAAGGGCAUUCCCUGUUGCGAGGUACCCGACGCCUCAUCAUGCACCGUCGGGGAGUUCGCUCACUGCAGAUCGGCCUUACUUGUGUUAGUGUCCAAGGUCUGGUACUACCUACCGUUCCUGCCUCUCUCCAUGGACGGAUGCUUUACUCCAGCCGUUUCUUUUAUUUCUUUUACUUUGAGUGAUUAUUCUCGUCAUUCUCUUCUCUUCCUCCACUGUAGUAUUCUACGAAAUUUCUGCUUGCAUUGAGUAUUACCAUCAGCGAUAGCGCAUCAUCAUCAUGGACAAGACAUCUACGCUAGAAGACUCGGAACCUCAAACCUCCCGCACGCCAAGCAGACGGCCCUGGCUCGCAUCAGCCUUUGGAGGGCCCAACGUCACAAUUGGCCCGCGAAUCGAACCCCUCGCCGAGCACUUGGCGCAUGUAUCCGAAAGCGAUAGCACCGCAGCUGAAGAUCUCGUCGACAAGCAAGUCGCUUCCGAAGCGGGAAAUGCUAUUCAGUACAGGACAUGUUCUUGGCAAAAGACUGCAGGGCUUCUCUUUAGCGAGUACAUUGUGCUCUCUAUUAUGAGCUUCCCAUGGUCGUAUAGUCUUCUGGGUCUAGUGCCUGGGUUGAUCCUGACGGCUGUCAUCGCUGGGCUUGUUCUGUACACGAGUCUUGUGCUCUGGGAGUUUUGUCUGCGGCAUCCGGAGGUUAGAGAUGUGUGCGACAUUGGGCAGAUGAUCUGGUGGAAUAAGAGAUGGGCGUGGUGGUGGACAGCUGUUAUGUUUGUCCUGAACAAUACCUUUAUUCAAGCUCUGCAUGUAUUGGUCGGUGCAAUCUACCUCAACACAAUGACCGAGGCCGACUCCAUAUCAGGCUGCAGAACCGUUGCAUUCGCUGCAGUAGUCACGGUGAUCAGUUGGAUCGGGUCGCUUCCUCGCACUUUCAGCAUGCUGUCAAAGCUUGGCUUUGCCUCGACAUUCUUUACGUUCAUUUCUGUCAUCUUGGCAACGGCAUUUGCAGGCGCUCAGGGUAAUCCCGCUGGUUAUCCUGAGAUGGGCGAACCCAUAAUCUCAAUCUGGACACCAAAGACAACGACGCUUGUUACUGGCAUGUCGGCUUUCAUGAAUAUGAGUUACACAUUCAUCGGUCAGACCACGAUCCCUAGCUUUAUUGCUGAGAUGCGUGAUCCGAGAGAUUUCCCCAAGGCAUUGUGGGCUUGCACCAUGGCCGAGAUUGUUACAUUCAGCGUUGUCGGGUCUGUCAUCUACGUUUACACAGGCAACCAGUACAUGGUCACACCAGCAUUCGGCGUCCUCACUGAUACCUACAAGAAAGUCUCGUAUUCUUUCAUGGUUCCGACUAUUAUCUUUGUCGGAUGCUUGUAUGCAAGUGUCACAGGCCGAUUUGUCUUCUUCAGAAUGUUCAAGGACUCAGAGCAUCUUACAUCGCACACAUUCAAGGGCUGGUUCUGGUGGGGACUGGUGUUGCUGAUCAGCUGGGCCGCCUCUUUCUUUAUUGCUGAGAUCAUUCCAUUCUUCUCUUCGUUGUUGUCAGUCAUGUCGUCGCUGUUCAACUGCUGGUUCGGCUUCAUCUUCUGGGCUCUGGCUUACUUCCGCAUGCGCAAUGCAGAUCGCAAGUUCGGGAGGAAGCGAAAUCCCGUCCUUGACGCUCUUUCAGUAGCGCUAAACGUGGUGAUCAUGUUGACUGGUGCUUUGUACCUCACGCUGGGAACAUACGUUAGUGUGCAGGGUAUCAUAGAUCAGUUCCGUGCAGGGCAAGUGAGCAGUGUCUUUUCAUGCAAGAGUAAUGGGCUUUGAGGGAAAUCGGAGUAUUAUUCUGGCGCUUUGGUUUAGUUUAGCACUUAUAGACAAUAGACGGGCAUAGGAUGAUGACGACAGGUGAUUGUUGACAGUAAAGGACUCGUCCCGUAUGGCUGCUAUGCCGCUCUUGCCGGUUCCACACUGGCCAAUUUUCUUCAUAAGAGACGAC